GUCAAAAACUAAACUGUCUUAUCCUCGAUAAGUACUUUCAGCUGGAAAUAGUUUCAACGGCGCGAAUUAUCUAUCUUUCAAAUAAAAAAAUCCAAAGGAACAAAAGUUUUGAAGCGUUUUACAACUCAGAGUCUAAUUUGCAUAUUGAGAGAAUUUUGUGCAAAAUUUGUAACAGUGAUUUCAACUGUCCGAUUUAAAAAUCCCUUGAGAAGUUGGCCAAAAAAAAACACAGACGUCUUACAACGAUCAACAACUACAACAAAUUCAAGCAGGUGGAUACAACACCUCUCCAUUCAUUACCUGUUAACAAUCCUUAGGAAAAGUGAAACUUCUGGUGAAGCGAAACCUCAGCAUCGAUAAACCGGAAACGUAAAAAAUGCAUUUCAACAAACGCAACUUCAACAAAAACAACAGUGGCAGCAGCGAAAGCCUAUUGACCGCUGCCACCUCCUCCUCUUCAACAGAGUCAUCGUCGUCGUCGUCGUCGUCGCCAGCAGCAGCUUCAACAGCUUUACGGUUGUCACCAUUAUCAUCAUCCACGCUGUCGUUGUCUUCGUCGAAUUCCUUCUCGCCUCUGGCCGCAUCGCGGGGCUUACGCAUGGGCUUGUGGUGCUUCCUUUUGUUGGCUGUGCUCUUAAUGGCCCAUCAACAACCUUGUGAAGGCCGUUAUUUGCCCACAAGGUCACAUGGUGAUGAUUUGGACAAACUGCGUGAAUUAAUGUUACAGAUUUUGGAAUCCAGCAACGAAGACCAACGACCACCAAAUGAGGCAAAUGGCAAUACCAUGUCGGCACAACGCGCUAAUUGGCUCAACAAAUUGGGUGGCGGUGGUCCCAUGGAUGGCAUGGAGGCCAGGAAAUAUUCAGCUCCCCAUGGUGUUUAUGAUAAUGGACGUUACUACUAGAUCCAAAAGAUCGAUAAAAGCCCAAAGCCCCCCUUCAAAAAAAAAAAAAAAACAAAACACACCCUCAAAGUGAAUAUUAAGUAAAACUCCCACAAAAAACAACUUUCAAAGCCCAAGCAGACGGACAACUUAUAAAGGAGAGCAAAACUAAAUUAAAAAACCAUACCAUAAAGAAAAGAAAAUUUUUAUGUUUUUGUUAAACUCAUCUUAAAGUAUUAAAAAAAAUUAACAAAAAAAAAAAAAACAAA